AUGGCUUUACCUAAGGCCGGCUUGGCCAGCGGCAUCAAGGCAGCCAAAGGGCAGAUGCCCGCCUACCCAAUUGUCGAUAUCCACACCCACAUCUAUCCAAAAUCCUAUCUCAACCUCCUCCGUUCGCGCACAACCGUCCCCUACAUCUAUGAUCCACCGGACGGCAGCCCUGCACGCCUCAUCAUCCUCUCUUCGGACGACAACCCCUCCAUCCCGAAGGAGAAGCGUGGUCGCCCCGUCGACGCCACCUACUCAGACAUCAACCUCAAGCUCUCAUUCAUGCGCCAGCACAAUAUCACCACAAGCGUGAUAUCCCUCGCGAAUCCGUGGCUGGAUUUCCUCCCCGCGCAAGACGCGGCGAUCUGGGCUGAGAAAAUCAAUGACGAUCUGGAGAGGAUCUGUGCUGAGCAACACGCACAGGAGAGCAGGGGUAGUGCCGGCGAGACAAUGUCAUCGAACGAGCAUUGUUCACUGUUUGCCUUUGGUGCAUUACCCCUCAGCGCGCCGGAUCCCGCCAUCAUCGUGGACGAGAUCCAGCGUCUCAAUUCGUUGAAAUAUCUCCGUGGCGUGAUUAUGGGAACUUCGGGGCUGGGAAAUGGAUUGGACGACCCGGCGCUCGAUCCCGUUUGGGCGGGGUUGGAAGAUGCCCAAACGCUUCUAUUCCUGCAUCCGCAUUACGGGCUCCCCGAUGACGCCUUCGGUGGUGCUGAGGCCAUGGAGCGCUAUGGCCAUGUUCUCCCUCUCGCCCUGGGGUUCCCCGUGGAAACUACAAUUGCCGUGACGAGGAUGUAUCUUGCCUGUGUGUUUGAUCGGUUUCCCAGGUUGAGGAUCCUGCUCGCCCAUUCCGGUGGGACGCUGCCGUUCCUAGCGGGCAGGAUUGAAAGUUGCGUUGCCCAUGAGAGGAGGUUUCUCGCUAAUGGCGGUAGUGUUGUGGGGCCAAAGAAGAGUAUCUGGGAUGUACUGAAGCAGAAUAUUUACCUGGAUGCUGUCAUUUACGGGGAGGUAGGGUUGAAGGCUGCAGUGCACGGAUCCGGGUCUGCGGAUCGAGUGCUGUUUGCAAUUGAUGGCGCCUUCGGAACCGAGUCAGAUGCUGCCAAAGCUAUUUUAGGAGGCAAUGCUGUCAGGAUUUUAAAGCUCGAUGGUUAA